GUAUAUGCAAUCAUCAGCGCUGCUACCAGUACCACUGUUUCACAUUCGGUCCGACAUAAAUCGCGACAGUUUAACAGCCGAUUUAGCUGAAACUUUAAAUAGAUCGGGAAUUAGAUAGAUCUAUAUCAUUUCCAGCAACAUGUUCAGCAGAGGAUUUGCAGCUGGAGCUGUGACGUCUGUCGCUGUUUAUGCACUUUAUUCCUCGUUAGUUCAGCCGACAAGAAAAGAGAUUGAAGCGGACAUUCGUGCGAUUCGGACCCCUGAAGAGCUGGUGAGAGACAAGGGUCUGAAGGGAUCCAAUAUUUUCAAGUAUGGUACACCAGAUAGAGGCGCUCAAACCAGGGUUUAUAUCAACCAUGCAUUGAGCUAUGAUCAAGAUAGGCGUACACCACACUGGGUAGCUGAGCAUAUCACCAAAGAUGACCUCCAAGGUACAGCAAUCAGGAAAAAAGCAAACUUCAAGAUGGACCCAAACCUCAAUGCCACAUAUUCCUCUAUGAACAGUGACUACAAGGGGAGUGGAUGGUCAAGGGGUCACAUGGCUCCAGCAGCUGAUAACAAGUUUAGUCAGGAAGCCAUGGAUGAAACCUUUUACCUGACAAAUAUUGUUCCUCAAGACAUUGAUAACAACAUGAACUUCUGGAACCUGAUGGAGAUCUACUGUCGUGACCUAACGGCUAAAUUCAGUGAAGUUAGGGUGAUUUCUGGCCCUAUGAUGAUGCCUAAUGUCAACGAGGAUGACAAGCAGUAUGUCAAAUAUGAGGUAAUUGGAAAUAACUUAGUUGCAGUGCCGACGCAUCUGUUUAAGGUCAUUGCAGUGGAGUCAAACGAGAGCUCAACGGAAACUGUGGGUGUCGGUGCCUUUGUGGUUCCCAACGCUCCAAUCGACUCGACCAAACACACCCUCGAGGAAUACAAGGUCAGCCUGGAUGUCUUGGAGAAAUCCGCAGGGACGUCUUUUCUCCCCAACCUGACCAGGAGCUCCAUGGUGGAUCUCUGCUCCCUGGAUCCUUGUCAGCUGAAGAGCAAGAAGGAGCUGAAUCUCUUCUUCAUCACGAAAAGAAUCAAUGAGGCAACGACGGUGAACAGGCUAGACACAUCUUGGAAGGAACUUGAGAGCCGCAGGAUCGUGCCCGAUGAUAACUUGAGGAACCUGUACGCUCAGAAGAGACAGGUCUUGAUGGAAAAGGAAUCGGGACACCAGCAAGUGAAAGCAAAUGGAACUAGCUAAUGAUCUGUCUUUGUUAAAGUAUCAAUGAUUCUUGAACAACUUGCCAAAAAAGGAAAUUUUUAGACUGAGAUGGAGCUGUACAGCUGUACUUUACUGUAGUACUGUACCCUUGUAUUGAAUUAUGACAUUCCAUAGGCUACUAUUAAAGGGUUAAGCCCACCAGUAGCAGAAGUUUAGUGGCAUAUUUAGUAGUGCAAUUCUCUCAUUUUCUAAGUUUUCUAAAGCCUUUUGAAGUUUUGAUACACUACAUUUUAUAUUUAAUCAGAUGAAAUUUUUGUGUAUUCUUUUAAUACUCUGUAGGCAUAAACACCUACAUCUUUAUUACCUCAUGUGAAUUUGUCAGUUCGAUACAAGAAUGUCAGAACUGAAUGCAUUGUAUAUUUGGUUGCAAAGAACAAAACUAGUUGUUGAGAGUGUUCUAGGGAGAUUAAAGCUCUUCACGUCACUUAUGUAUACAUUGCAUAAAUCUUGCAAUCGAUUGCAAAUCUAUUUGAUAUCCCCAAAUCAAUCUUAUAUCUUGCAGUAAAAUGUUUUUCCUGCAGCAAGGAGUGUCCCUUGCCACCUGUUUCCCUGAUUGUAAAUUGUUUUGUUAGGUACAACUCAGUGGAUCUAUCAAUUGUAAAAUUACAGCAACAACAGAAUUGCAAUUGAUUGCAAAUAUUACUUGCAACACUCUUUUAUAGUGGCAGUUUCAUCUAUUACUCAUAUUCACAAGCUGGGGCCCAUUUCAUAAAGAGUUUACAACUAUUGUAACUUUUUCCAUUAUGGCAACUACACCAUGGUAAGAUGACUCAGCAGCCAGUGGAAGUUUAACAAUUUGGCAAAUUUACAAUAAAUUCAGAGUCAAGAAACAGGUGAAUAUUCUUUGUUUUCUUGAUAAUUUCCAACAAAAUCAAAUUAAUUUUAGGGAAAUGGGGAAAAUAGAUGGUCAUUUCAUGUAUAUAAAGAUGUAAGAUGUGAGAUUUCAGCAACUGUUUGGGAAUUUUUCCCCCUACAUGUAUAAAAAGGCUACAUAUUAGAAUCUACGGAUAAGCGGGUGUCAAGAUAGGCAACUGUUUUUGCUUUAAAUGGUAGUUUGAACAGCAUUUAAAUGUUUUGACUCAGCCCUUCAUCUAGUUGUACAUGUAACUCUGUAUUAAAUGGUUCUCAGAAUUAGAUAUCAUCUUUGAAGUUCAAGAUUGGAGGAUUAGAAAUAUGGGUCAAGCUGGUCAACUCUCUUUAAUACUUAAUAAGAUUAUUGACAGGUUAAAUACAGGUAGUAUAAAAGGAAACAGGUGGGGAAGGGGUAUUUUUUUAAAGUUGUCAGCACUGAGAAUGUCAAUGAAAUCCUUUGUUAUGAUUGGCUUAGAAGCUCUGGAGAGUGUUUCUUUAAUAUUUCUGUCUAAAAAGUUGUCAGAUCUGACAACUUUCCUUUAUUUUGAUUUACUGAGAAGCACUGUUACUAUGGUCACUGCCCUGUCUGAUAAAACUGGACUUGUCGCAUAAAACGUCUGACAAGUCAUGUUUUAUCUGACAGUUACCAUAGUAACAGCGCUUAUUAGCCAAUCAGAAUCAAGGAAAACUUGUCAGAUGAAAAUAUUGAUGAAAUGCUCCCCAGGCCUCUGUUACUAUGGUAACUGUCCGAGAAGGACAACCUGUCAGUGCUGACACCUUUCAACAACGGCUCCCAGUUCAAACAAAACACCGCUGAACAAAUUUCUGUACUCAUGUACACCUGUAUAUUCUGAACAGAAAACACACCUCCCUGCUUUAUGCCACCACAUUCCUCUCUCCCACUUCCAGCUCAUACAAUCACAUUAAAUAUCAAAAUGACUAUCAUUCAUGUAGUAAUAAACCGAGCAAUAGAAACUUGUAUUUUGUAUACAAUGUAUAUUUCAGGGAUCGAUUGAUUGUGUUAUUGAUGUUUGUGGUUCCUGGCUAUAAAAAGUAAAUCAUGCAUGAUAAUAUUUAUUGUUCCCAGUUUUUAUAGUUAUAGUGAUUCUGAUAUACAACUUGGGGUGAUACUUCAUGUGCAAUUAUGUUUAAAGGUAAUGGACAUGUUUUGAAGUAAAAGAGCCUGCAUUCUUUGUGAAUUUCUAUUUGAUAUACAUGUACUGCGCUACAAAAUCUACAGUGUUUAUUUAACUCUAGCCUGGUAUCUACAUGUAUAUAUGAUUACACUGGUAAGCCGUUUAAAAUUUAAACAACACUGGUUUAAUGUUUGGCUCACACCAAAUUGGUUUUACUGUUAGCCCUCAAAAUUUCUGUAUUGCCCCCCCCCCCUUGUUUUUCUUUUUGCUGCACUACACUAGUAUACAAAAACCAUGGUGUCACCAGCUGGGUAUGCCCUCAACCGAGAAGAGUUGAAACGACAUCAAUUCGGUUUGGGGGCGAACUCCAAAUAGAUAGUGUAAACAGCACCACCUAUUUUUUAAAUAAUAUUGGUUU